AAUUAUUUAAAUGUUUUGGACAGGCUAAGUAAAGUUGCGUCGUCUCUAUUACGUGAUAAUAGUGCGGACAUAACUGAUCUCAGUGACCAAACCAGGCCUACAAAAGUGGCUGAGAAAUUGUCCGAGAUGUAUGACAACCAAUGGACAGAUGCGUUUGACAUUUUAGAACAGGAAAUGGAAGAGAAACAAGUGAUUCAUACAUUAUUAAACACUUUAAUGAUGGCAUAUGCUACGUGUCAGGAACUUUCGAGCAGAAAUUUCUUCGAAAGGGUCCAAAAAGCUAUUGAACUACCGACAGAGGCAGCUGAACUAUCGAAUACCAAAGUUGUCUUAUCAGACCAGCUUAAACAAGAAAUAAAGGAAUUCCGAAAGAACCGUGCCCCAUUUGUUAUACGUGAUGUUGUAAAGGUUGUUCGACCAAGAUUGCAGCUGGCUAAACAUCACUCAAAAGAACUGCAAGAAUAUGUUACAGCAUGCAUAGAGAUUGCAUGUUUGUGCGCUGUGCAAGAUCCCCCACUAGAGCUUGAUGCAAAAUUUACAGACAGAUUUGAUACCAACGUAUUCAAAGAUUUUACAAUACGUGGAGAAUUUGUUGACUUUAUGGUAUGGCCAGCAAUGUUUCUUCAUAAGGGCGGUCCUCUUCUUUCCAAAGGUGUUGCUCAAGGAAGAUGUGAUAAUCAGCCUCGUGAUGUACCUGAUCGUCCUAUUCCGGCUGAAACAAGAAAAGGUGGAUACAACACCCAAACAGGCACAUACACCCACAGACAUUUCUCAAACCAACCAAGACAGGAAAAUCAAGUAAACUAUCGUGACCAACAAUCCUAUCAGAAACCGGACAAUCAUAAGCAACAUCACUACAACAAAUCUAAAACUAUGUUUAUGCCAUCAAGAACAAGUGCAGCUAUGGAGUAUGGCCACACACGAAGGUAUCCCACUCAAUCAUCAGACAUUUAACAUUGUCUUUCAAAA